AUGGGGGUUGCCAUGGGGUCAGGGCGUGGUGCCCAGGUUGUGGCCAUAGGUGGCCUUGAUCUUCUAGGCUCUUGCGGGCCUAGUCUUGCACGCAUCGAAUUUGACAACCGCGACUUUUUAUCACGUUGCCUUUUUGCUGAAAAGCUACUGGCCCCUUUUAUAUCAUCUGGUAUUUUUUGGGAAGUUUUCAAGCUAUGGAUGAAGGGGUUUAAGGUUAUUGUUCUUGAUGUCCCUUUGUUGUUUGAGGCCAAGAUGGACGGCUGGACAAAACCCAUUAUUGUUGUAUGGGUUGAUCCUGAAACACAACUUCAGCGACUGUUGGCAAGGGAUAGGACGUCCGAGGAGGAUGCCAGAAACAGGAUAAAUGCCCAGAUGUCACUGGAUUUGAAGAGGAGAACACUGGGUCGCUGGAGGAUCUGA